GGACAGAGAACAGUUACACUCCUGUGAUCUGCAUCUCUAAGCCUGCACCAGCCAGACAUACUGUAACCAUGUCCUACCGCAGCGUUCAGUCUACCACCACCUACAGAAGUGGUCUUGGUGGUGGUGGUGGAGCUGGAAGAGUCUCCUUCAAAGCCCCAAGUGUCCACGGUGGCUAUGGGGGCCAGGGUGUCUCAGUGUCAUCUGCCCGCUAUGUCUCUUCUGGAUAUGGCGGUGGCCUGGGCGGUGGCAGUGGUUACGGUAGUAGUAGCUACGGAUCCGGCGGCGGCUAUGGCGGUGGAUUCAGCCUCAGCGUCCAAGGGGAUGGCCUGUGCGCUGGCAACGAGAAGGAGACCAUGCAGAACCUGAACGACCGCCUGGCCUCCUACCUGGAUAAGGUGCGAUCUCUGGAGAGCGCCAAUGCAGACCUAGAGGUGAAGAUCCGGGAGUGGUAUGAAAAGCAAGGACCCAGCCCAACCCGGGACUAUGCCAACUACUUUAAGAUCAUCGAGGACCUGAGGGACAAGAUCCUCGCUGCUACCAUUGACAACUCCAAGAUUGUCCUGCAGGUGGACAACGCCCGGUUGGCAGCAGAUGACUUCAGAACCAAGUUUGAGAAUGAACUUGCUCUUCGCCAGAGUGUGGAGGCUGAUAUCAAUGGACUACGUAGAGUGUUGGAUGAGCUGACCUUGGCCAGAACUGACCUGGAGCUCCAGAUUGAGAACCUGAAGGAAGAAUUGGCCUACUUGAAGAAGAACCAUGAAGAGGAAAUUAACGCUUUGCGCGGACAAGCCGGUGGACAAGUCAGUGUAGAAGUAGACUCAGCACCAGGUGUGGAUCUAACCAAGAUUUUGGCCGAUAUGAGAGACCAGUAUGAAGUUAUGGCUGAAAAGAACCGGAAGGAUGCCGAAACCUGGUUCUUCACAAAGUCGGAGGAAUUGAACAAGGAAGUUGCUGUACACACAGAACAGAUCCAAAGCAGCAAGACAGAAAUAACAGACCUAAGACGCACACUCCAAGGCCUUGAGAUAGAACUCCAGUCUCAGCUCAGUAUGAAAGCAUCCCUUGAAGGUACCCUCUCAGAAACCGAAGCACGAUACGGUGCACAGUUGCAACAAAUUCAGGCGUUGAUCGGCAGUUUGGAGACGCAACUUGGGGACCUCCGGUCAGACAUGGAGCGCCAAAACUAUGAGUACAAAAUGCUCAUGGACAUCAAGUCACGUCUUGAAAUGGAAAUUGCCACCUAUCGUCAGCUCCUGGAAGGCCACGACGCGCAGCUCAUUGUGGGCACCACCAAAGAUGUUAAAAUUGAACGGAAGUAAAGUCUUUGGUAGACAUUAGGCAGCUGCAUCGUAAGAAGACCCUCCUCUUUUUUUUCCCGCUACUGAGAAUGGCUUACACGCUAGUUAGGAGACCUGGAUCUGCUACCGUUUUUGUUUCGGAAGACCUACAGAUCUUCGUAGAUUUUGGACACCUGAACGUAGUGAAUGAAUUGGAUGCUUGCUUUUUAUAUUCUUUUUGCCGCAGCUGUUUAAUAAAAAGACAACUUUGGGUCAAGCA